CAUUGCCUUUUCGCACUCUUUCAAUCUCCUGAUUGAGUGUUCUAAGCUGCAGCUUUACGAUAUAGAUCUACGUGAAAAAAAAAGGAACCUGAAUCAUAGCAGCCAUGGCUCCCGUUUCGGUAUUGAUGGUCGGUACGGGCGAGUACACCACAGGAUUCGUUGGAGGAGGUGCCUCAACAUCUGACAAGAAGGUUGGUGUUGUUGGAUUGACACUCUUCGAUUUAAGGAGACGAGGCAAGGUUGGCAACUUGUCAAUGGUGGGCGUGUCCGGCAACAAAUUCCCCGCUAUCCGCGAGCAUCUCCAGAAGAACAUUUCCGAAGCAUAUAACGGCCUCGACGUUUCUUUUGAGGAAUUCCCAAAGGAGGGAAAGCGAGACCCCGAGUCAUACAAGGAGGCUAUUGAUGCGCUUCCCAAGGGCAGUGCCAUUACAAUCUUUACGCCCGAUACCACCCACUAUCCCAUUGCGCUCUAUGCCAUCGAACGGGGAAUCCAUGUGCUGAUCACCAAGCCCGCGGUCAAGCUCCUCGAACACCACCAGAAGCUUCUCGAGGUCGCGAAGAAGAACAAUGUCUUCGUCUACAUCGAGCACCACAAGCGUUACGAUCCCGCAUACGCCGAUGCCCGAUUCCGCGCUACAAAACUCGGAGAUUUCAAUUACUUCUACUCCUACAUGAGCCAGCCUAAGUCCCAAUUGGAGACAUUCAAGGCGUGGGCAGGAAUUGACAGCGAUAUCUCGUACUAUCUCAACUCCCAUCACAUUGACGUCAACGAGUCUAUGGUCCCUGGCUAUCAACCCGUGCGCGUAACCGCAAGCGGCGCCAGAGGAAUUGCCACAGAUCUCGGAUGCGACCCUUCUACUGAAGAUACCAUUACUCUUUUGGUCGACUGGGUGAAGAAGGAUGAGCCUGGAAAGCGAGCUACUGGUGUCUACACAGCCGGUUGGGCCGCACCACAGAAGGCUGGUGUGCACUCGAACCAGUACUUCCACUACAUGGCCAGCAAGGGCGAGAUCCGUGUGAACCAAGCGAAGCGUGGAUACGAUGUCACUGACGACGAGGGCGGUCUCCUCUGGUACAACCCAUUCUACAUGAAGUAUGCGCCAGACGAGGAAGGCAACUUUGCCGGCCAAAUCGGUUAUGGCUACAUUUCCUUCGAGAAGUUCAUCGACGCGGUCAACAACUUGAAUGAAGGCAAAGUCACACUUGAGCAGUUGGACGCUCGCCCCCUGCCAACACUCAAGAACACCAUCGCAACCACCGCCAUCCUUGAGGCUGGCCGAAGAUCUCUCGAUGAGAACCGGCCGAUCGAGAUCCAGCAAGAGAACGGCACUUGGUCAUUGAAGUAAAAAGCACCUCGAUUCUAUUUAUGUAUAUUUCACGAUCAAAU